UUUUUGUUUGAAACGUUAAAGUGUCCUAUUAUGAAGUUGUUGACUUUGACAACUGCAGUUGCAACACUAUUGUCAGGUGUUUUAGGUAAUAAAGGAAAAGCAACAGCAGCAACAAUACAUAUGAUACAAUUAUAUACACACAGAGUAGGGAAGGAGACUAAAAUGUAAUUUCACUCUUGUCAUCUUGAACCUUUUCAAUGUGUUUCAGCUCGUUCCUCCGUACAUUUCACAACCAAUAAUGUCAAUAAUAACGCAUUGGACAAUGCACCCGAAGUUUCGAUGAACGCCUUUUCUAUGUUUUAUUCACAUAUUAUGGAUAGUACAAUUAAGCACCCUGCUUUACGUUUACAAGAUAAAAGUCAGAUGGAGGCCAUGGAAGGUUUCGAGGAGUUGAAACCUUUCAUACCUACAACAAACAGUCCGUUUGAAAAAAAAGUGGACGCCAGUUUAGUGGUUCUUAUAAAAGGCGUCAACUCGCCUGAAGAAUUAUUUGCUACUUCAUUCUACGUUUCUGAUGACGAAGCUGAACACUAUGAUUCCUUGUUGAAGAAUAUUGCGCAAGAAUUAGAAGAAAAGAACGAUAUUUCUCUUGUCAAAUAUGAAAAUCAAAAGACUGUUGUUCAUCGUGAUAAUAAAGCUGGAGAAUCUACUAUUUCUUCUGACAAUAUGGAUCAGUUCGAGCAAGUCUUUGAUGAAAUUGACUUUACAUUAUUUGACAAGAAAAAUGAGGCUGAUAGACUGUUCAUGAUCGAAGUACAAGCUUUAUAUCAGUUGGAAGCAAGUGAUUACGAAUUCAUUAAAAUUAAUACCUUGCAGUCUCUCCUCCAAACUUAUGGUGCAGACUCUGAAAAAUACAAAGAAGCUCAAUCUAUUUUGAAAUCACUUUUCAUCAAGCACAUUAUACCAAACUUUCAACAACGCCAGUCCCUUACUACCACUCCUACUACCACUACCACUACUUUUAUUAUGACACCUCCUUCUAAUAAGCAAUGUCGUGUAAAGCGUGAUGCUGUUGUGAAUGGUGUAAAGCAAGAUUCUUGUUUUUUAUCAUUGGAAGCUUGUAACAAUGCUACCUCAGGUUGCCAAGGUCAUGGUCAGUGUAAAGCUACUAUUGUUGGGGGUAAUGACAAAUGUUAUACUUGUCAAUGUGAAGCUUCCUAUUUAGGUGAUUCUUGUCAGUAUGUGGAUGCUGUGGGUGACUUCCAACUCUUAUUCUGGACUAGUGUCUUUUUGGUUGUCGUUACUUCAGGUGUUGUCUUUUGUGUUUAUCAAAGUGGAAGUAAUUCCGACGGUGGAAUUAUCAUGACACAAUCCGCUCCUAAGCACGAGUAAAGUCCGUCGCUCUUUUGAAGUAUACAUAUACUAUAUAUACAUAUACACAUGUAUGACUUUCAUUAAAAAUAUCCCAUUUGAAAAAUAAACGACCAGAAUUUUUACCCCAUCUUCCUCUUAA